AUGUCUGGGUCGGCAUCAAGAGGCCUGGUGCGCGUCUUGCGCCAGACCAAAAGACCUUCAAUACCUCGGUCUCAAGCCAGACAGUGCCAGCCUCUACGGCCCUUGUUUGAACCUGUACGAAAUUUUUCUGCAACUAUUCGAAGACGAGAAGACCUCAGCGAACCGCAUCACAAUGUCAAGUACACGACUGACAUGUAUCCCUCCCUCAAGCGAGACCCAAGGUUCUCCGAGAUCACGCCAGAGCACAUCCAAUUCUUUAAAUCUGCUCUAGGCGAUGAAGCUGCGGUCGUGGAUGGAGUGACCAGCGAUGCUUCAGAUGACCUUGAAGCUUUCAACACGGACUGGAUGAGGAAAUACAGAGGUCAUACCAAGCUGGUCUUGAGACCUAAGAGCACGGAAGAAGUGAGCAAAGUACUCAAAUACUGCAACGACAACAAGCUGGCUGUGGUACCGCAAGGUGGAAAUUCAGGCCUGGUUGGAGGCAGUGUGCCAGUCUUUGACGAGAUUGUCAUCUCACUUUCCCGGAUGAACAAGAUCCGCAGUUUUGACGACAUCAGUGGCAUCCUGGUGGUCGACGGAGGUGUUAUACUGGAAGUGGCCGACAAUUACCUUGCCGAGCAUAACCACCUCUUUCCCCUUGACCUUGGUGCCAAAGGUUCAGCUCAGAUCGGUGGUAAUGUGGCAACUAACGCCGGAGGCUUGAGACUAUUGCGCUACGGCUCGUUACAUGGCAAUGUCCUUGGAAUUGAGGCAGUAUUACCAGACGGCACUAUUGUUGACGAUCUUGGUACGUUACGGAAGAACAACACAGGCUAUGACAUAAAGCAACUCUUCAUAGGAGGAGAAGGGACGAUCGGGAUCAUUACGGGUGUCUCGGUCCACUGUCCACAGAGAUCCAAAGCGGUCAAUGUUGCAUAUUUUGGGCUUCCUUCAUUCGAGAAUGUCCAAAAAGCUUACAAAGAAGCGAAAGUCCAGCUCGGAGAGAUCCUGUCUGCUUUUGAACUCAUGGAUGCGCGGAGUCAGGGCUUCGUCCACCAAGUUACCGGAAAUAAACGACCACUAGAAGGUGACCAUCCCUUCUAUUGCUUGAUUGAAACAAGUGGUUCCAAUACGGAACACGACAGUGAAAAGCUCGAAAAGUUCUUGGAAUAUGUCAUGAGUGAAGAGAUCGUGUCCGACGGCGUUCUCGCCCAGGACGAGACUCAAGCCAAAUCUCUAUGGGCAUGGCGAGAGGGCAUCACCGAGGCCAUCGGCCACUUUGGCGGAACUUACAAAUACGACCUUUCGAUCCCCAUUCAAGAACUCUACCAACUCGUGGAGGACACAAGAGAUAGACUCAACUCGAAAGGCUUGGUAGGUGAUGACGACUCCUUCCCAGCAAUUGCUGUGGUCGGCUAUGGACAUAUGGGCGACUCGAAUCUGCAUUUGAACGUCCCCGUGCGGAAAUACACUAAAGAAGUUGAAGAAGCAAUAGAACCGUGGGUAUAUGAGUGGAUUCAAAAGCGAAGGGGAAGCAUCAGCGCGGAGCAUGGUCUCGGUAUUGCCAAAAAGAAAUACAUCGGAUACAGUCGGAGUGAGACCAUGAUCAAGCUGAUGAAGCAGAUAAAGGACCUCUAUGAUCCCAACGGGAUUAUGAAUCCGUACAAGUAUAUCUAG